UUGAAGCCAAAGCGGAAGCCAAAACAUUACACUUUCUUCCUCCGAAAGUAAAACUACGGCCGUGGAAAAGUAAACUGGAAGUUACAGUCGGCAGGCAAUGUUUGCGCUGCGUAUAAUUUACUAAAAUAACAUUGUCAGAGACCAGAACAGUCUAUAGCGUGUGUUUGAUUCUCUGACAGUCCUGAGCUGUGAAAAGCGUUGAGCUGAGCCCCAGGCUGGUGUUGGGGAGUUUGGCUGUGUGAUGAAUAGGAUCAAGCUGUCCCGCAUAGAUGAGGAGCUAGGCUCCUCUGAGGUGGCAGAGCUUUGCUUCUUGUGUCGUGAUGUCAUCUCAAAGAAACGUCUGGAGGGGGUCAGAGAUGCAAAGGAUUUGUUCUCGAGACUGGAAGAAAGAGGCCUGCUCAAUGCUUUCUUCCUUUGUGACCUGCUCAAAACAAUUUGUCGAGCUGAUCUCCUCCAAUAUCUGCAGACGGACAACAUGCCGCCAGAGCAAACUGAUGCAAGUCCUUGCCUCUCAGCCUACAGGGUGAUGCUGUAUGGGGUAUAUAAUGACCUGACACAGGAGAAUUUCCAAAAAAUGAAGUAUCUUUUUGAGGAAGAACUAGGCAAAAGAAAUACAGAGAUGUGUAAUACAGCUCUGGAUUUGUUUGCAGAACUGGAGAAGACUAAUAAUUUGUCAGAUAAAAAUCUUAAUAAACUUCUGUUAGUUCUAAAGGACUUGGAUCAACAACUGGCAUCAAAUGUACAGUGCUACAUAGACCUGAACAGACAGAAGGACAUUAGGAUAGUCCCUCGUGGGUGCAUUAAUGACCAGGUGUUCAGCCCUUCUCUGCCAGUAUCUGAGACUCAGCCCAGCUAUGGAGGGAGUGUUUGUUCUGAUGCAGAACCUGCUGGAGAGCCUUGUCGGAUAAGGACUCUUUCUGAUGAGUAUUAUGCUCUGGAACAUAAUCCUCGUGGUUUGUGUGUGGUCAUCAACAAUGAGAAUUUCUGGGGACCAAACCUGAAGGAACGAAAAGGGACCCAGCAAGAUAAGGAGGCUCUGUGCUUAUUGUUCUCUGAUCUUGGCUUUACACCGGUGGUACACAAUGACCUAACUGCAGACGACAUUCGACUUGCUAUAAAGAAGUUGGGUACAGAGAAUUUUUCAGAUCAUGACGCCUUGGUAGUGUGUGUACUGUCCCAUGGAGAAAAUGGAUGUGUCUAUGGGAUUGAUGAGCAGGAGGUGUACCUCCGAGAACUGACACUGCCCUUCACGAGCACGAGAGCCCCCACCUUAGCAGGGAAGCCAAAACUGUUCUUCAUCCAGGCUUGCCAAGGAAGAGGCUACCAAGUAGGAUCCAUGCCAUGUUUUGAGGACGAUGCAGGUCGUGUUCCCAUCCAGACAGUCCCUGCGGAUGCAGAUUUCCUGAUGGGAAUGGCUACUUUGCCAGAAUACAAGUCAUUUCGACAUACUUCCACAGGCUCCAUUUACAUCCAGGAGCUGUGCAAGCAACUGAGGAACUCUGCUGAUAGGUCUGAGAAUGACGAUAUUCUGACCGUCCUGACACGUGUGAACAGGGAAGUCAGCAGAGGAGACUAUCUGAGGUACAAACAAAUGCCAGAGCCCAAGUACACUCUGACCAAGAAGCUUGUCCUCAGAUAUGUGAAAUGAUCACAGCCAAUUCCAGAUCCUGAAUAGUGUCAGACUCUGGCCGUAUGUGUUUGACUAUUAUUUUGCUAAAUAUGUCUUUUUAUAGUAUAUUCUGAACUAUAUCAUGUUAAUGAAAUAAAAUGUCCUUCAUACAAAAUGUAUUUUUGAUUUAAAUAAAAUGAAAUUAAUUAGAAAUUAUCUUUAUACUUAAUGAUGCUGGUUGUUUGGACAUGAGAGAUGGAGAUUUACUUUCCUGCUUCAUUGAUGUCCUAUUAAAUAUAAUUUUAAUGUAAAAUUGUCUGUUAAAGAUAAACUGCAUUUAAGUGACAUUAAAAAAAGACUCAAUUACUUCAAUUACUUCUAAUGCGAGUAAUGCAACA